CGGCAAGCACCCGCGAUGAUCAGCGGCGAAUAUUAGCGUGUGGAGGAGGAGAAACCCCAGACGAAACCAGUUCGCCAAAUCAACGGGGUGAGAUGUCAAAAUUCUUUCUCCACAGAGACAUUUCUCAGGGCCUUUGGGAUCCUGGCAAUGAGAGACGAGUCAGUCCCAGGGAAGGAGCUAGUAUCUCACACCGCAGAACUCUUUUUGAAAGUGUGACAGCAGGCACGACCGCACCGUUCCGGGACGCCUUUUUGAGUGAUCAUCCUCGGACUGUACUAAAACAUAAUAGCGGUCCUCGUGGCAUCUGAGUCUUCUACAUAAGUCCAUGAUCAACACCCCAAUUUCCUUUCAACAAAUUCGUUCUUGUUUGUUUUUCAUCCUUUUUGACAACAGAGGUUUUAUACGUCAGUCUCGCGACACUUUCCUUAACCUCCAGAACAUUUAGCUUAGCUUCAUCAUGUUCGGCAGUGGUCGGUACUUUGGCCUCCGAGGCCAAUCCCUUAACCUUGCAGUGGGGAUCAUUGCUGGAAUCGAUUUCUUUCUCUUUGGUUACGACCAAGGUGUUAUGGGUGGGCUUCUGACUCUUGGAAGCUGGGUCCGACAAUUUCCCGAGAUCAAUACGGUCGACAAUCCAGGAAACAACCACAUUGCCACCAUCCAGGGUAUCUCAGUUGCGAGUUACAAUGUUGGCUGCUUCGUUGGGGCUGUCAUCACCAUCUUCAUUGGUGAUCUUCUCGGUAGAAGGAAGAUGAUCUUCCUGGGCUCUUCUAUCAUGAUUGUUGGCGCCAUUCUACAAUGCUCUGCUUUUAGCUUGGCCCACUUGAUCGUAGGGAGAAUCAUCACUGGUUUUGGUAAUGGCAUGAACACUUCUACUGUUCCCACGUGGGCAUCAGAAACUUCCAAGUCACACAAACGUGGAAAGAUGGUCAUGAUCGAGGGAGCUAUGAUUACAGGAGGCAUCUGCUUAUCUUACUGGGUCGAUUUCGGAUUCUCCUUCCUCGAACCCAGCACGGUGUCCUGGCGUUUCCCCAUUGCUUUUCAGAUUUUCUUCGCUCUCAUCCUGUUAGCAUUCAUCCUUGAACUUCCCGAAUCACCAAGAUGGCUUAUCCUCAAGGGAAACGAAGAUGAAGCUCUGAACGUCAUUGCAGCUCUGGCCGAUUUGCCAACGGACGACCGCCUUGUCCGUACCGAGUUUGUCGAGAUCAAGGACACAGUCCUGGAGAUGAAGGAGCAUGGUUGGGCUGACCUGUUCUCCAUGGGACCCGAGAGGAACUUCCACCGUGUUGUCCUAGGCUAUGUCAAUCAAGUCUUCCAACAAAUAUCUGGUAUAAAUUUGAUCACCUAUUACGCAGCUACCAUAUACCAACAGUACAUUGGACUUGGAGAUGUUACCGCCCGCCUUCUUGCUGCUGCAAACGGAACAGAGUAUUUCAUCGCCUCCUGGGUUGCCGUCUAUACUAUCGAGAAGUUUGGAAGACGCUCUCUCAUGCUCUUCGGUGCUGCCGGAAUGUCAGGCUCGAUGGCAAUUCUUGCUGGCAUGAAUUACAUGUCUCAAUCAAACAUGGGAGGGUCAGCUCCUGGCGUCAUCUCUGCCGUAUUCUUGUUUGUCUUCAACACAUUUUUCGCGGUCGGGUGGUUGGGAAUGACAUGGCUCUACCCCGCAGAAAUUGUGCCACUGAAGGUUCGAGCACCAGCCAACGGUCUGUCUACCAGUGCAAACUGGAUCUUCAAUUUCAUGGUUGUGAUGAUAACCCCCGUAUCCUUCUCAUCCAUCGGAUACAAGACCUACGUUAUCUUCGCCGUAAUCAAUGCUUUCAUAUUUCCCGUCGUCUAUUUCUUCUAUCCGGAGACCGCCUAUCGCUCCCUCGAAGAGAUCGACAUCAUCUUCCGCAAGACGCAACGAGGCUGGCGCGGCUGGUUGGGUGUGGUCAAGACAGCGGAAAACGAGCCAUUGCGCUAUGGAAAGCAUGGGGAGUUGCUUAUUGACUAUGAGGCGACAGAGGAACAUGCUGUCAGGUCAAACAGCAUUGCUGGAGCUACGCAUAAGCCGAUGGUUAGAGGUGUGGAGGAUGUUAACCGGAAUGGGGGACGAGAGAUGGAGAGCGGGGACAGUUCGGUGCUUGAGAAGGGGGAGAAUAAUGUGUGAAGUAAUUGGAGAGAAAAGGGGAGAGUUGAUACCCAAUGAGCACAGAUAGAUGCGAGCCGGCCGGAAGUGAGAA